CUCUGAACCAAAAACUGAUAAAAAAAAACGCUCCUCCUCACUUCCUCCUCACCUCUGUUGUUAAGUACUGUUGUGUUUUGUUGUGGUCCGACUGUAACUGAUUAUGAAAUGAAAUUUACUUUUUAAGAAUUAAUUACAUUUUUCUUAAAUUUCCUCGAUGUUAUUUGGUCGAAUAUCAAGUUUUUUACACUCAUCACGAACACUAUCGUCGAAGUGCAUUUUCAGAAAUAAUGUUCCGAAAUGUCAAUUUUAUGGAACAGCUGAUUUAUUUUCCGAAAAAGAUGGGCUACCGAAAAGACCAGUCCCAGCAUAUUUGCGAUUCCUCUACAGUGUUCUUCCCGAGUUAUCUGCGAAAUUUCCUGAUCGUAGUUUUCGAGAGAACACUACGAUGGUCAAAAAGUUAUGGGAAUCCUUGGAUCAGUGUAAGAAAAGAGAACUUACCAAAUCUUAUUACGAUGAGUUAGAUGAAUACAGAAUGGCUCGUUUACGAUAUGAAUGUAGUAUACAUGAUGGCCUGGAAACUGAAGAAAAACAGUCAACUAUUGUGACUAAGAAAGAUAAAAGGAAACUGAAAAAAUUGAGAAAAGUCAGCGGAAGACCUAAAAAACCUCCAACAGCAUUUCUAUUAUUUUUGCACAGCAAGCGCGGUACACUUCCAAAAAAACCAGCUGUGAACUGGGUUAGUGAAGUCACAUUGGAGUAUAAGAAUUUGAAAGAAGACGAGAAAGUGAAAUUUCAAGAGGAGGCGAAAAGACUGAACGACGAAUAUAAAAAAUCAAUUACCGAAUGGGAGGAUAAAUUAAUUAAAGAAGGACAAAUUGAUAUUAUGUAUAAGAGGAGCAAAUUUUCAAAAAUACCUGAUUGAAACAGGAUGUUCUUUUUUUGAGUAAUGUGUUUUGUGUACCAAUAUACCUAUUACAUAAAUGUAAAUAAAUUACCAAUGUGUUUUUUCGUAGAUACUAAAUUGUUUUUUGUUACUACAUACAUUAUUGAUUGUGAUUUUGAAAAUUGAGCUAUUAUUUCAUGUUGAUACGUUCCUAUAAUAAAUGAGUAAAUCGCA